AUGAGUAACAAAAGUAAAAAUUAUAAUAAUUACACAUUGACAAACUAUAUCUAAUAUUUCAAUUUAACUUAUGAUUAUGCUAAAUACAAUUUAAUUAUUCAAUAUAAUAAUAGCUGGAAUAGUUAAUUUCUCCUGAUGAAUCAUCAUAGUAUCUUAAAUUAUACAAAUAAAGAUAAAUAUUAUUUUUGUCCCUACUAAAAAUGUGUUGCCGCAACCGCCUAUAAUUCUUGUCUUUUUGCUUUAUGUCAAGAUACUCAAUAAAAUACUUAAAUAAUGAGAAUUUAUCAAAUGCAGUUAACAAUUCUAUUUUAGAAUCUAAAAUAAUAAAGAAUUUAGCAAAUCUAACCUUUAGUAAUAAUUCUUGAAUUAGAAUUACAAAUAAUCUGCUCUUUGUUUGGAAUGACACAGUUUAUCUGUAUUAUCUGAACUAGGAUUAAUAAUCACAAGACUUAAAGCUGGGGGUGAAUUUAUUUGUAAAAGUACGUAAUUUGGAUUCUAGAGUAUACAAAUAGAAGAGAAAGAUGGUGGUUAAUACUAAUUUAUUAUUAUUUAAGCCUAUUCAUAAAGAUUAAUUAUAUUAUAAAUUUGCAAAAGUUAGAGAAAAUUAAGCAAUUGA